CUUCGCGCGUGUGCGCGUGUAUAUAUAUAUACUCCCCCACCUCUCACACCCGUAGCUCUCAAUCGAUAAACCCCUCAUCUUCCCCAGAUCGUCUCUGAGAAUUUCUCCAGCUUUCGAUUCCGCCAUGGCUAAGGGACCAGGUCUUUACUCUGAUAUCGGCAAGAAGGCCAGAGAUCUUCUGAACAAGGAUUACCAGACCGACCAUAAGUUUUCCAUCACCACCUUCUCUCCUACUGGCGUGGCAAUUACUUCAACUGGAUCUAAGAAAGGUGAUCAGUUUGUUGGUGAUGUCACCACAAAACUGAAGAACAAAAACAUAACCACUGAUAUCAAAGUGGACACCAGCUCCAAUGUUACUACAACUGUCACUCUUGAUGAAGCUGCUCCUGGUUUGAAAACCAUUCUCAACUUCAGAGUGCCCGAUCAAAGAUCUGGGAAGCUGGAACUUCAAUACUUCCAUGAGCAUGCUGGCAUAAGCACAAGUGUGGGUUUGACAGCAAGCCCCAUCGUCAACUUCUCUAGUGUUUUGGGAACCAAUACUCUUGCUCUUGGAACUGAUGUUUCAUUUGACACCAAAACUGGAGUUUUCACCAAGUACAAUGCUGGCCUUAGCUUGACCAACCUGGACCUCACUGCUGCUUUGACUCUGAACGACAAAUUCGACACCGUGAAUGCAUCCUACUUCCACCAAGUCAACCCAUUGAGCAACACGUGCGUUGGUGCCGAGGUGGCCCACAGGUUCUCGACCAACGAGAACACCAUCACGGUGGGAGCCCAGCACCAGUUGGAUCCUCUGACCACGCUGAAGACGCGUGUGAACAACACCGGAAUAGCGAGCGCUCUGAUCCAGCACGAGUGGCGUCCCAAGUCGCUCAUCACCCUGUCGGGCGAGGUUGAUGUCAACAGCAUCGACAGGAGUGCCAAGUUCGGUCUUGCUCUGGCCCUCAAGCCUUGAAACCAGUCAAAUUUCCCAGUUUGGAGUUGAGAGUGGUGGUGGACAAGGUGUUAUUUUUACUCUGGCAAGUUUUAUUUGGUAGUGGUUUUUAUUAUGGGAUUGUAUAAAAUAAUUGGAAUGGUCUUUUGCUUCGUUUUUUUGUCGUUGGUUCAACUUUCUUGAUCAUCCUUAUUUUCGAAUCCUUAUUUUUUUUUGAUAUCAUCACUGUGGUUUGCUGCUUUCAUGCUUGAAUGUGUUUUACUGUUUUUGAAUCAUACGGAGUAGUUAUUAGAAAUGAACAGGUAACCUCUAG